AUUCGCUCCUCCCCUUCCCUCGUCUCGCCCGCCAUGGACCCUAUCCCCCCCUCCUUCUACGACCUUGAGCGGCGUAGACUCGAAAACACCAUCGACCUCGACCUCGCCUCCCUAUCCCUCUCCUCCCUCCACUCCACCGCAUCCUCAUCGUCUCAACCAUACUACCAAACCGCUCCCCAGGAGUACCAAGAUCAUACCUUCCUCUCCUCCUCCUCUUCCGACUUGUCAUUGGAGUAUCCCCGAGCCGAGUCCAUACGACCGUCGGCACACCAUGUCAGUGGUGUUGGGUAUGGCUACGGCCAAGGACCCUCUGGAACUCCCCGUGCUCCCCAGAGCAUGACAUCGAGAAUGGGCUCCUUGGAUGCCCAAAGCGUCUUUGCCGGAUCUAGUCCGGUCUCAACUGCUGGACACCAUGCGAGCGCAAUGACCCUAGGUGCAGGUGUGUUUGGUGGUCACGCGGGAAGGCAUGGAAAGGAGAAUGAGCCCGAAGGCCAUUAUGAUUCAGAGAGGAGCAUGGGAAAGCUUGUUGGAGAGCUGGGAAGGGUUAUGGGUGCAAAGAAUAUGCCGUCACGGCCAGACUCGCCAUUCUCACCGAGGUCACCCUCACCUCUUCCAUCUGCCACCAGCCAGCCUCUCAACCUCUCCUAUACCCUAUCCCGAAACGACCAGCUUCUCAGCCCUCCGUCUAGUAGAGAGAAGACCAUGGACUCUAGGCCGGUGGACCUCGACUCCAAGUCCCACUUUACGUCCUUUGCUCGCCAGAUCAGUGGUGAUCUUCGAGCCGCUCGCCAAGCCGAGCAGGUCCCUGCGCCAAAAUCGAAACCCAAAAGGCAGCCUCUUGGCGCAUCCAACAUCGACAACAUCUCUCGUACGCCCGGCCCGCGCAAGACGACAGGAAAGGAGAAGCCGGAUAGGGUUCGUGCUCUUCAGACGGAAGGCAGGAGGUCCGCUAGCGCACCGGUGAUGAGGAAGGAGGUCUCUGCAGACAUCACUGGAUUGUCGGGUCUACUGGCGACUCCGGCGGCAGGCCACAAGUAUGGAGGCAUCAGUAGAGAUGGUGACGUGGGAGGGGAGCCAGCAGUGAAUAUUCCUCACACACUCGCUACCCUUCAUGCAAGGCUGAGGGCGCUGGAGACGGAAAACUCUGUAUCUCGAAGGAGAGUGAAGGAGCUCGAGGAAGAGUUGGAGGCGGCAAAGAAGGCGGUCGAUGCGGCAAAAAGGUCGGGAGACAAGAAUGUGAAAGAGGCAGUCUAUGAGAAAUCUGCUUUGGAAGAACUUAUACGAUCUCUCCGCGACAAUCUUGCUCGUUUGACCGUCGAAGUCGAACACAACAAGGCCUUGGUAGCCGAUCUUCGCCAAACCGCUUCAAACGACCGACCCGGUCCCUCAUCCCAAUCAUCUUCUGUCCAAUCAGAGCUUGCUGCCCUACGCAUGGAGAUUGAGCGUCUCACUCGAGAAGUUGAGCGACUCGGAGGUAUCGUGACUUCAGGCCUCGAAACCCAGAAACGAGCUCGUGGUGAACGGACUGUCCGAAUGGAAGAAGCAGAGAUGGAGAAGCUUGUCCGACAGGUGGUCGAGGCUGAGCAUGAGGAGAUCAGGCGAGCACAGGCGGACGUAGAGAGGCGACAAGCUGAGCUAGUUGCCCAGCAAAAAGCCAAACCCCCUAGGCCGAACACUGCGUCCACCUUCCAGCAACCUCGGGACAUCUCUCAGAUUUCUCAAAACCCCACUCCUCCUCCAUCGGACGAUGGUUAUGACUCUCCUACCGCGUCUCGACCAGGUUCCCGGCAAACGCUUGUAGCACCGACUCCCGAGCACCGACCACAAGAGCGAAAGUCCAAAAGCAAGCGAAACAAGUCCAAGCUGGCAUACGAAGACAGGAGCGGAGGCCCCGGAUCACCGUUCCCGAGUAUCAAUGACGAAGAGCUGGAAAAGGAAUUCUUCAGUCCUUCCAGUAAACCUACAAAGAGCCGUACCAAGGCGUAUGAUGUCUCGGGGCUUGGUGAGAUUUUGUUGAAUGGCGGGCAUGACGAUGAGCUGCCGCCACAGACGGUCCUGGCUAGGGUGAUUGCAGAGUUGGAAGACGACUUCAAGCAUUACAAAUCCAUCUACUCUGAGCUGGCCGACCAGUACAAAGUCCUCGACCCUGCUUCAGUCUCUGCCAAACGCCAUGUCCUCGCCGACCAUCUCCGCGAAGUCAUAGACACGCUCGAACAGAAAGCAGACCAAAUCUCCGAGCUGUAUAGCCUCCUCGUCUUUUCAGACAAGACACUCUCAGCAGGCGAGCGAAGAGAGAGGAAUAAGCAAGGCGUGAAGAGUGUUGGGGAUGUGUUGAGGAUGGUCAAGAGGAGCUUGGGAGAAGAGGUUUGGGCGAGGUUGCAGAGGGAUUUUAAAAGGGAUUCAUGAUGUCGGGCAACUCUUGCAGAAGAGGACCAAAGAGAAGAGUUUCUUGGGGCUGGCCUUGAGGGCGUCACACCCAACCCACAUUUACAGAGUCGUGUUCAAGUUGUCAUAUGAUCAUACAG